AUGGCCCUGACAGCAGGAACAGCACUCUACAGUACCAGCGAUUCAUUCAAGCACCACACCUUAGCUUUUCGGCGUAUGAUGUUGGCAGCCGAAGCGGUCGUCGUGACUGGUUAUGACUACAAGUUCUCGCUUGGCUAUGGCAACCGAGAUCUUAAACCGGGCGAUCCGGAGGAUGAAAAGGAACGUCGGGUGCGCAAGAGUAGGCUGCAUAAGCGCAGUGCUGAGAGAGUCAUGAGGAUGAUGCGCGAGAAUGGAGGGAUUUAUAUCAAGUUGGGCCAACAUCUAGCAAGUCUAAAAUACUUGCUACCGGAGGAAUGGACGCGGACGAUGGAGCCUCUUCAGGAUCGUUGCAUACCUUCAUCUAUCGAAUCGAUCCAAGGUCUUUUCCUCUCCGAUUUAGGAAAACCACUUUCAGAGAUUUUUUCCUCUUUUGAUUUAAACCCGAUCGGAGUAGCCUCGUUAGCUCAAGUCCAUCGGGCUACGCUAAGGAGUAACGGUCAAGAGGUCGCUGUUAAGAUUCAGCAUCCUGCCUUGAGUGAAUUCUCAGCGAUUGAUAUGCGAACUAUUGCUGCACUUACAGAGUUUAUCGCCUAUGCUUUUCCAGAAUUUGAAUUCUUUUGGUUGAGUGAGGAGAUUCAGGCAAAUUUACCAAAGGAGUUGGAUUUCAGAUACGAAGCGAAAAACAGUGCCAGGACUGCAACUAAUUUUGACAGAGCUCGUGAACAAGGUUCGCCAUCAACAGUCAAGGUGCCUAUUGUGUAUUGGGCACAGAAACGGGUCAUGGCUAUGGAAUUCAUGAAUGGCUCACGCAUUGACGAUGUCGAAUAUCUUAACGCUAACAACAUCAAGGUCGCAGAUGUCUCUAAGGAGAUGGCCCGCACAUUUUCACAAAUGAUCUACAAGGACGGUUUCCUUCAUUGCGAUCCACACCCAGGCAAUGUGAUGAUUCGGCCUAAACCCGUAGGAUCGCCUUCACAUUGCAACUUUGAAAUCAUAUUACUGGAUCAUGGGCUUUAUCGUGAAUUGUCUCCUGAGUUCCGUCUAGAUUAUGCCCGACUUUGGACGGCGGUCAUGGCAUCGGACCAAGAGGAGAUCAAAAAACGGGCCUUGAAACUUGGUGGUAUUGAUGCUUAUGAGUUGUUUGCAUGUAUUCUUACGGGUCGCGAUUGGGACGUAAUUCAGGAUGCGCAGUUGACAAAAAAGGUCAGGAACAAAGAGGAGACAUCCAAGAUUUCACAUGAUGCAGGCAAUUGGUUGGUCGAGAUUGCAGAUAUCUUGGCAAAAGUGCCUCGAGAUCUGUUGUUAUUGUUCAAAACGAACGAUCUACUUAGAGCAUUAGACGAGGAUUUAGGAGCAGAUGAUGGUGCUCAGAUGAGGACGUUUGCAGUGAUGGGUCAAUACUGUGCACAGGUUAUUUUUGAAGCCGAAAAGAAGGAUAUUCAGCACAACUUGGUCGUGGCGGCAGCGAACAGCAGUACGUCUGUUGUAUCCAUGUCAGUGUUGGUCAGGAACGUUGCUGCAUGGAUUAAGGCAUAUUGGCGCUGUGUCAGUAAACAAGUUUCACUUGAUCUAUUCAUAUGGUGGAUCGAUCAGACUCAGGCCAAUACUGUCCUAUAUCGCAUCUUGUCCAUGCUCGGUUUGUCCCCAUUAUGA